ACCCCUUACUACGUAGUUGGAGCCGCAAAGGCUGCUGGGAGUCCGCUGUCAUGGCUUCGCAUGUCAACACGGAGCAGGGCUGUUGACACAUGUGUUUCACUUUCAUCGUCAGCCGUUAAGCUUCCUAGGAAAAGAUGUCCGGCACAAACAAAGCAAUCGAGUUACAACUUCAAAUGCGCCAGAAUGCGGACGAGCUGCAAACUUUCAUGAGAGAGAUGAAUGGCUGGGAGACAGACAUGAAGAGGAAAGACGAGGAGCUCAGAACGGGACACACCGAGGAGAACCAGAAUAAUCUACCCCUGUUCGUAACAAAGAUUAAAAAGAAGAGGAGAAAGACCAAACCGUCCGAGGAGAACAGUCAGCCGAAGACGGACAAACCCAAAGAAACGCCGAGAAUUAACGCCUUCGACUAUAAAGCAUGGGACAAAUUUGACGUGGACAAGGCUCUGUCCGCCGUCGAUAAGGAAGAGAGUCCAGCGGGCGGCUCGGACUCAGACUCUGAGGACGCCACAGCAGCAGUGGACCGCAGCCUGGCGCUGUCUGAGAAAGAGAAGGGCAACGCGCUGUUCAGAGAGGGGAAGUACGACGACGCCGUUGAGUGUUACACCCGAGGGAUGAGCGCUGACCCCUACAACCCCGUCCUCCCCACGAACCGGGCCUCCUGCUUCCACCGCCUCAAAAAGUUUUCAGUGGCCGAGUCCGACUGCAACCUGGCGAUCGCAUUGGACAGCAACUACUUCAAAGCCUUCGCCCGAAGAGGGGCGGCCCGGUUCGCCCUGGAGAAGUACGACUCGGCCUUGGAAGAUUACGAAACUGUUCUGAAGCUCGAUCCUAGGAACGCCGACGCAAAGACGGAAGUGAACAAAAUAAAGAAGGUGACGUUAGAUAGCCGGCCCCCCAGAGAGGCCCCCGCCGUGAUGGACCCCCAGCAGCAGAAACGUCUGGAGGAACAGCAGAAGAGACAAGAGGCGGUGAUGCAGAAAGACAGAGGCAACGCGUACUUCAAAGAGGGGAAGUACGAGGCGGCGCUGGACUGCUACACCGGAGGCAUGGAGGCCGACCCUACCAACGCCCUCCUGCCCGCCAACAGAGCCAUGGCCUACCUCAAGCUGGAGAGGUACAAGCAGGCCGAGGAUGACUGCGGCACGGCCCUCACCCUGGACAGCACCUACUCCAAGGCCUUCCGCAGAGGCACGGCCCGUCUGGCUCUGGGGAAGCUCCGUGAGGCCCAGCAAGACUUCCAGGAGCUGCUGAAACUCGAACCCGGGAACAAGCAAGCGCUGAACGAGCUCCAGAAAAUAAAAAUCGACACCGGAGCGUCCGGCGGCCUGCUGGGAACGGAGGACGACGCUCCCAGGCGCACGGUCCAGCCGCUGGAGAAACCGGCCCACCUCCGCUCCGCCAAGCCCCUGAGGAGGAUUGACAUCGAGGAGGUAGGGGGAGAGGUUCGGUCCCGGACCAGGUCUGGCCGGGGGUCCCGUCGGGUUCGGUGCCCCAGGACCCCUCCUGGUCCCCGGGCCAGGGCCAGUCGAAGGAGGCCGGAGACCAGGCCUCUCCACUCUCCACCUCCCCCAGCGCCAAGGUCCUUAAGAUCGAGGAGAUAUCGGACGUCCCGACGCAGACGGCAGCACGGAGUGCUCCGGGGGGUGACGUCAUGACCGGACCCUGCCGCUCGUCUCCCAGCAGCCCCCACCCCCACCACCACCAGCACCACCAGCACCACCGCCCCCAGCUCCGUCAGGUCGUCCAUUGACCCGACGGAGCUGUUACCCGCGCCGGCAACAAACAGCUACCAGUUUGAGGCAGACCUCCGAACCAUCGGCCCUCAUCAGCCCCAACAGAUCUACAGAUAUCUCAGGCAAAUGGAGCCGGCAGCAUACGCCAAGAUCUUCCAGAACUCUCUGGAAUCGGACCUCCUCAACCAGAUCCUGAAGACCCUACUGGAUUUCUACACCGAGAAUGAAACACCAGCACUCAUACUGGGAAUCCUCACAAAUCUGGCCAGUGUGCGGAGAUUCGACAUGGCCAUUAUGUUCAUGUCUUCGGCAGAGAAGAAAGUUCUCCGGGAACUGUUUGAUUUCCUCCAACAAGCUCCCUUGGAAAAAGGCGCUUUGAAAACCCUGCGAAAGAAAUAUGACAUCUGACCCUAUGACAACGGGUAUCAAACGGAAUUGACCUGUGGUCACCACAAGCUUUAACAACAACUUUGCCAACAGUGCAACUUGCUUUUCUGUAUUCUACUGUAGUGUUGUUCACACAUAGGUUUGUUAUGCAAGAGCUGGACUUUCCCGUUGGCAAGAUUGAACGUAUUGAUUAGUAUUUCAACUGUCAGUGGGUCGCUGUCUUUGGUACUUUCUCCUUUAUGUCGGGCCCACUUGAAAAGUUCAUUUUGAUGUUUUUGUCCUUUGCGUGAGAACAGCUUGUAAACUCGACUGGACAAUAGUAAAGGUUUCAAAUAAAACACUUAACUGGAGUCAAA